AUGGUAGAGUGGACCAUCUUCCGCCACCGGUUCCUCGAAAAGUAUUUUCCGGAAGACAUCCGUAGGAGGAGGGAGCAAGAGUUUUUAACCCUGACUCAAGGACAGAUGAGUGUCGGAGAAUAUGCAGCUAAGUUUGACGAACUGUCAAAAUACUGUCCAUAUUUUGCUCAAGCUGAUGAUCGGUCUAGGUGUUCUAAGUUUGAAAGCGGACUUCGACCUGAUAUCAAACAAGCUAUUAGCUGUCACCAAGUCCAACAUUUUCCAACCUUGGUGGACAGAUGUCGAAUAUAUGAGAAUGACACCAAAGCUCGCCAAACUCUGUGGAAGCAAUCAGGUCCUCAUCGCCCCGCUCAUAGUUUCGGAUCAAGGGGUAAAGAAGUUCAAGAAAAACGUAAACCGUAUUUUACGCCAACAAGGAGUUAUUAG